AUGAAUGUCUGGCUCAUCUCUCUGAUAAGUAUUGAAGUACUACUUUUGGCAGUACCUCGCCUGAGUUUACGUAUUGAGCCUGAAGAAGGUAGCCUUGCGGGGGGCACAUGGAUCACAGUCAUUUUUGAUGGUUUGGAGUCAGAUGUCCUUUACCCCACCAAUGGGUCUCAGCUGGAGAUACAUCUGGUGAACGUAAUGGUGCCUGCACUGCCUAGUAUCCCCUGUGAUGUCUCUCCUGUCUUCUUGGAUUUGCCUGUGGUGACAUGCCGGACCAGAUCUCUGCUGUCUGAAGCACAUGAGGGUCUGUACUCCCUGGAAGUGAACUCUGGAGGACAGGUGGUAGGCAGCCCAAGUCCAGGACCACGAGACAACUGUACUUUCAAGUUUUCCAAGGCACAGACACCCAUCGUUUACCAAGUUAAUCCACCAAGCGGAGUUCCAGGAAAAAUCAUUCAUGUGUAUGGCUGGAUUGUCACUGGAAGAUUGGAAACCUUUGAUCUUGAGGCUGAGUACAUUGAUAGCCCAUUGAUCUUGGAAGCUCAAGGAGACAAAUGGGUCACUGCUUGCUCUCUUGUAAACAAGCAGACAGGAAGCCGCUAUCCUGUUCGGGAAGACCGUGGUAUUGGGACUCUGCAGUGCCGUGUGGAAGGCGACUACAUUGGUUCCCAGAAUGUUAGUUUCUCAGUAUUUAACAAAGGAAAGUCGAUGGUACACAAGAGUGCGUGGCUCAUCAGUGCUAAACAGGACCUUUUCCUGUACCAGACACACUCAGAGAUAUUAUCUGUGUUUCCAGAAAGUGGGAGCCUUGGGGGAAGAACAGACCUCAUAAUUACAGGAGACUUCUUUGGCAAUCCUGCCCAGGUUACCAUUGCAGGCAUUCCAUGCGAUAUUAGACAUGUCUCUCCCAGGAAGAUUGAGUGCACCACUAGAGCUCCAGAAAAAGAUGCAAGACUCACUGCUCCUCAGGCAGGUAAUCGUGGGCUUCUUUUUGAAGUUGGAGAUGCUGCUGAAGGCUUGGAACUGACUGACGCCACCCCUGGGUACAGGUGGCAGAUUGUCCCUAAUGCCAGUUCUCCAUCUGGAUUUUGGUCAAAGGAAGGACAACCUUUCAGAGCAAGGCUCAGUGGGUUCUUUGUGGCUCCAGAGACAAAUAAUUAUACUUUCUGGAUCCAAGCAGACAGCCAAGCUUCUUUGCAUUUCAGUUGGUCAGAGGAACCAAGGACUAAGGUGAAAGUGGCUUCCAUCAGGGCUGACACUGCUGACUGGUUUGACUCCUGGGAACGGAAUGGGAAUGCAGAGACCUGGCAACAGAAGACCCCCAAGUUGGAGCUGUUGGGUGGAGCCAAGUAUUACCUUGAAGCAGAGCAUAAUGGAAUAGCCCCCAGCAGGGGGGUGAGAAUUGGUGUCCAGAUUCAUAACACCUGGCUGAAUCCUGAUGUGGUCACCACUUAUCUCCGAGAGAAGCACCAGAUCCGAGCCCAAGCCCAGAGACUUCCAGAAAUACAGAUGCUGAAUGUGUCAGGCAGAGGAAAUUUCUUCCUUAUUUGGGACAAUGUCUCUAGUCAGCCAAUUCCUGCAAAUGCCACAGCACAUCAGAUUCAAAUAGCCAUUGAGGAGUUACUUGCAGUAAAAUGCAAGCUGGAACCCCUUUCGGCUACUAUCCUGCUCUGGCUUGGAUUCGAACAAGGCUCAGAAAGUUCCAGCUCAGAUGGGGACCUCACCAGUGGGACGGAACCUUUCUGUGGGAGGUUCAGCCUUCGUCAGCCUCGACACCUUGUCCUAACCCCCCCGGCUGCCCAGAGGGGCUAUCGGCUGGAUCAGUACACACAUCUGUGUAUUGCAUACAAAAGCGACAUGAAUAAGAUCCUGCAGAUGACCGUGUCCUUCACAAUUGGCUUUCAAAACAUUGUAAAGAAGAACAUCACCUGUGACUGGAGUCUUGGGAGGACCAGCGCCCAGAGCUGGCGGUUCACCUGCACUGACCUCUGGGAGACUUGUGUGCGUCGCUCUGGGGAUCUCCAGCCCCCUCUGGUGAACUCCGCAGUGCUGGUUCACCGGAUCGACCUCCUGCCUCUGGCUCAGGAGACAGGCUUGCUCUAUGUGGAUGAAAUUAUUAUCGCAGACACAAAUGUAACAGUUUCUCAAGCCGGUUCUGGAACAGCUCGCCCAGGCGGGAAUCUGGUGGAAUUGAUCUCUGUAGUGGGAUCGUCUUCAGUCUACAACAUAAGCUCCUGGCUGGCAAGGUGUGGCACGGAGCUCCCACUCAUCACUGCACGCUCUGUGCCCACUGAAGGAACAGAAAAAGGAUCUGGAUUGGUCCAGGUGACAACACAGAGACUGCAGAGGACAAGUCCACCUUUGGAAGGACACUUUCGCAUCCAACUUUCUAACACAGUGAUCACUGAUGUCCCUGUGCGCAUUUCUGCUAGUCACCUUCACAAGCUCUUACAGGACAAUGCUGAUGACUUCACAUCCAGAUACCUCAAUGUCAGUGACUUCACUGUAAAGGAGGAUCUAAACUCUUGCUAUGAACAUGUAUGGACCCUUUCCUGGUCCACCCAGGUUGGGGAUUUGCCCAAUUUUAUCAGGGUCUCCAAUGAAAAUCUUACUGGAGUGAAUCCUGUUGCAACCACUCAUGUGGUACAUGAUGGUGGAGUUUUUCUUGGACCCAUAUUUGGAGACAUGUUGGCUACUGCCAGCCAGCACACUCAGGUGGUUGUGCGAGUGAAUGACAUACCAGCUCAUUGUCCAGGUUCCUGUCCUUUCCAAUACCUCCAAGGGUCAACUCCCUGGGUCCAUUCAGUGUGGUAUUCCCUUGAUGAUGACAUCAGCCUACUGAUUUAUAUUUCUGGAACUGGUUUCUCUGAUGACUCCCAGGCCUUGCAGGUUACAGUCAAGGAAACAAGUUGCAAAGUUAUUUUCUCAAACCAAACAAAUGUGGUCUGUCAGACAGAGCUGCUACCGGUUGGUAUGCAUCGGAUGUGGAUGUUGGUGAGACCCUCUGGUCUUGCUGUCAAUGCCAGUGGAGAAGGCCUCUUUCUAAAUGUGGAACCUAGACUGGAUGCUGUGGAGCCUUCCAGAGCUGCAGAGAUUGGAGGGCUCUGGGCCACUCUCCGAGGCUCUAGCUUGGAAGGUAUUAGCCUGGUGUUCUUUGGAUCUCAGUCUUGUAUCAUCAAUGUCACCACAAGCAAUUCACGAAGAAUUCAAUGCAAAGUUCCACCUAGGGGAAAAGAUGGAUAUGUUGUGAAUGUGACUGUGAUCAGAGAAGACCAUUCUGCAGUUCUUCCCAGAGCAUUUACAUAUGUCUCCUCUUUAAAUCCAGUGAUCGUAUCUCUGAGCAGAAACAGAAGCAACAUAGCAGGUGGUGAGACCCUUUUCAUUGGAAUGGCGCGGCUGUUGAACUGUACAGAUUUGGAUGUGGAAGUCCAGGUCCAGAAUACCUCCGCUCUGGUCCACGCACAGACGGCUCAGGGCCUGCAGGUGGUGCUGCCCCCGCUGCCCGCAGGCCUCCACAGAAUUGCAGUCUCUAUCAAUGGGGUCACGAUUGGCUCACAAGGGGUUGAUCUCCACAUCCAGUACAUCACAGAAGUGUUCAGCAUUGAGCCUUGUUGUGGGUCCCUUCUUGGUGGAACCCUCCUCAGCAUCUCAGGAACGGGGUUCAGCAGAGACCCGGCUUCGGUGUGGGUCCUGGUGGGCAGUCGACCCUGCGUUGUCGUGGCCUUGUCGGAGGCCAGCAUCCUGUGCGAGACCCCGCCGGCCCCGCUGUCGCCGGGUGCAGCCGCUCGGGCCGUCCCCGCCCCGGUCGAGGUCUGGGCGGGCAACGCGUCCUUGACCCGCGCGCGCCCCCCACGCUUGGUGGGGAGCGGCUUUACCUUCACGUAUGAAGCGGCAGCAACACCAGUGGUCACCGCCUUGCGAGGAGAAAUGACCAACGGCAGCCUGAGGCUGUACGUGGAAGGCAGUAACCUGUCCAGCUCGGUCAUCGCCCUGGGGAGCUGGAGCUGCGAGGUGGCGGCGAGCCUGUCCGGGUGCUCCUUGCCGCUGCGCCACCUGCAGCCGGGCGUCUAUCCCCUGCGAGUACGGCACCAGCGCAUGGGAUUUGCUGAAAUGUCUGCCGUGCCCCAGCAAUUCGCGGUGACACCUCGGAUAACGGCCAUCUCCCCAACACAUGGCUCUGCGUGUGGGGGGACAGUACUCACCGUGAGGGGGGUGGCUCUCAGCUCUGGAAGGAGGUCAGUUCAGGUUGAUCUUUCAGGUCCUUUUACUUGCGUGAUUUUGAGUUUGGGAGAUCACACCAUCCUCUGCCGGGUUAACCUGGUGGGUGACCCCUUGCCUGCAGCUUCCUUCACCCUGAAUGUCACAGUCCUGGUCAAUGGGCUGACCAGCGCGUGCCAGGGGAAUUGCACUCUCGUCAUGCGGGAAGAGACAACUCCUGUCCUGGAGGCCUCGACAACCAACAUCAGUGGGUCUCUGACCACUGUGCUGAUCAGGGGUCAGAGGUUAGGCACCACUGACAACGAGCCCAUGGUGUUUGUGGAUGAUCAACUUCCUUGCAAUGUAACUUUCUUUAAUGCAAGCCACGUGGCAUGCCAAAUAAGUGACUUGCCCCCAGGACUCCACCACCUAUCAGUUUUUCAUACAAGAGAUGGAUAUGCUUGUUCUAGUAACGUUUCUAGACACUUCUACAUUAUGCCUCAAGUGUCUCAUUAUUUCCCUAAGAAUUUCAGCGUUCAUGGUGGAGGUCUCUUGGCCAUAGAAGGCAUAGCUCUGAGAGGAUGGAACACCACAUUAGUCCACGUUGGCCAGCAGGCUUGCCUGACGGUGGACAUGGGUGCUGAGCUCAUCCAGUGCAUUGUUCCUGCAGGGAAUGGCUCUGUUGCCCUGGAAAUAGAGGUAGAUGGACUUAAAUACCACGUGGGAGUCAUUGGUUACAGCAAUGCCUUCACCCCAGAAUUGCUCUCUGUUUCUCAGAGUGAUGACAUCUUAACCUUUGCAGUGGCCCAGAUCUCAGGAGCAGCAAACGUGGACAUUUUUAUUGGGAUGUCACCCUGUGUGGGUGUCUCCGGUAACCACACUCUUCUCCAGUGCGUGGUCCCUUCUCUUCCUGCUGGGGAGUACCAAGUCAGAGGUUACGACCGCACCAGAGGGUGGGCCUCCUCUGUUCUGGUGUUCACGUUGAGAGCUACUGUUACAUCAGUGAUCAAGAACUUUGGCUGCCUGGGUGGAAGGCUUGUACAUGUGUUUGGAGUAGGAUUUUCUCCAGGGAAUAUCUCAGCUGCUGUGUGUGGUGCUCCCUGCCAUGUCUUGGCUAAUGCCACAGAGUCUGCCUUCAGCUGCUUGGUUCCGCCUCUGGAUGGGUCCUUGGCUUUCCUGUGUGGCCUGCGGGCUGAGGAGGAUGGCUGUGAAACCGCCAGCCGUACCUACGUGCAGUGUGAUUUGACUGUUGCCCUGGGGACAAAGAGACUGCCGGAAGCAUGGCCUUAUGUCUACAUUUGUGAAGGAAGUUCCCAAUGCCUCUUUGUGCCUGAUCAUUGGGCAGUGUCCACCUUUCCGUCGUUCUCAGGCCUCUUCAUCAGCCCUAAAGUGGAAAGAGAUGAAGUUCUCAUCUAUAAUCGCUCCUGUAACAUUACCAUGGAAACUGAGGCAGAGAUGGAGUGUGAGACGUCUAACCAGCCAAUUACUGCCAAGAUUACUGAGAUACGGAAAAGCUGGGGCCAGAACACUCAGGGCAACUUUUCCUUUCAGUUCUGCCGGAGGUGGUCCAGGGCUCACAGCUGGUUUCCUGAAAGAGUGCCACAAGAUGGCGACAAUGUCACAGUGGAGAAUGGCCAAUUGCUACUGCUUGACACUAAUACCAGCAUCCUCAACUUCCUGCACAUUAAAGGGGGCAGGCUGAUUUUCAUGGCUCCAGGACCCAUUGCUCUCAGGGCCCACUCCAUCCUUGUUUCUGAUGGUGGAGAGCUCCGAAUUGGAUCCGAGGACAAGCCCUUCCAAGGCAAAGCUCAGAUCAAACUCUACGGGAGUUCCCACUCCAUCCCCUUCUUUCCAUAUGGAGUCAAGUUCCUGGCUGUGAGGAAUGGAACUCUUUCUCUGCAUGGUUCACUACCAGAAAUAGUUGUCACCCAUCUUCAAGCAGCUGCCCAGACCCAAGACACGGUACUGGCUCUGGAAGAUGCUGUGGACUGGCAACCUGGGGAUGAAGUUGUCAUUAUCAGUGGGACAGGUGUCCAAGGUGCCAAACCAAUUGAAGAGAUUGUCAUUGUGGAAGCUGUACACAACACAGACCUCCAUCUCAGGUCACCUUUGAGGUAUUCUCACAACUUCACAGAGAAUUGGGUGGCUGGAAAGCACCAUAUUUUAAAGGUCAUGGUGGCUCUGCUCAGCAGGAGUAUUACCAUACAAGGAAAUCUCACUAAUGAGAGGAUGAAGCUUCUUGCUUCAUGCCAGAAGGCCAGUGCUUCAGAAGGUAAUCUGCAACACUGUUUGUAUUCCAAGAGUGAGAAGGUGCUGGGAUCCAGGGAUCUGGGGGCCAAAGUUAUAGUUCAAUCCUUCCCAGAGGAACCCAGCCAGGUCCAGUUGAAAGGAGUGCAGUUCCGAGACUUGGGGCAAGCCUUCCAUAAGCAUCUGAGCUCGCUCACUCUGGUGGGAGCAAUGAAAGAUUCCUAUGUACAGGGCUGCAUAGUGUGGAGCUCCUUCAGUAGAGGCCUCAGCAUGUACAAGACCUUGGGCCUAAAGGUGGAGAAUAAUGUAUUCUAUGAUAUUUUAGGCCAUGCACUGCUGGUGGGGACAUGCAUGGAGACAAGAUAUACUGCUUGGAAGGCUAUUCCUGGAAGAAAAAAUGACUGGUCAGAACAGGGAAAUAUAAUAAAAAACAAUGUGAUCAUUCGUGUUUCUGGUGCUGAAGGACUCUCCAGUCCUGAAAUGUUGACACCGUCUGGAAUCUAUAUCCGAAGUCCCACCAAUGUUAUAGAGGGGAACAGAGUGUGUGCUGCUGGUUAUGGCUACUUUUUCCAUCUUGUGACCAGCCAAGCUUCACAAGCUCCACUUCUCUCCUUCACUCGGAACAUUGCACAUUCUUGUACAAGGUGUGGUCUCUUUGUAUAUCCUAAAUUUCAGCCACCUUGGAAUAAUGUCUCUGGCCCCACUGUCUUCCAAAACUUCACAGUUUGGGGAAGUGCAGGUGGUGCCCAGAUUUUUAGAAGUAGCAAUCUUCACCUGAAGAACUUCCAAGUUUAUUCAUGUAGCGAUUUUGGAAUUGAUGUCUUGGAAAGUGAUGCAAAUACUUCAGUUACUGACAGCUUAUUACUUGGCCAUUUUGCCCACAAGGGAAGCCUGUGUAUGUCAGCUGGGAUUAAAACUCCCAAAAGGUGGGAACUGAUGGUAUCUAAUACAACCUUUGUUAAUUUCAAUCUCGUCAACUGUGUGGCCAUUAGAACCUGUACGGGCUGUUCCCAAGGACAAGGUGGAUUUACUGUGAAGACCAACCAGUUGAAGUUUACAAACUGCACAAACUUAGUAGAAUUUCCAUUUCCUCAUGCAGCAAUUUUGGAAGACUUGGAUGGGUCUCUGUCUGGGAAAAAUAGAAGUCACAUUCUUGCUUCUAUGGAAACUCUUUCAGCUUCUUGUUUGGCUAAUGCAAGCUUCGGUCAGAUUAUCCAUGGCAGUGUCUGUGAGGGAGAUGUUCUCUUUCAUCGUAUGUCCAUUGGUUUAGCCAGCGCUCCUGAUGUUUCUUAUGAUUUAAGCAUGACUGACAGCAGAAAUAAGACAACCACUGUCAAUUAUGUAUUUGACACAUUGUCUAACCCUCAUGGCUGGAUGGCUCUGCUCUUGGAUCAAGAGACCUACUCAUUGCGAUUUGAGAACCCUUGGAUUAACAGAUCUCUGGAGUACUCAGCAACAUUUGACAACUUUGCUCCUGGGAAUUACCUCCUGCUGGUGCACACAGAUGUGCCGCCUUACCCUGACAUCCUCAUAAGGUGCAGGAGUCGAGUGGGUCGGUCCCUUCCAUCUCUUCCAUCACCUGGUCAGGACCAAGGCUGUGACUGGUUCUUCAACAGCCAGUUGAGGCAACUCACUUAUCUGGUUUCAGGUAAAGGCCAAGUUCAAGUUAUUCUCCAGGUGAAGGAAGGUGUGCCCCCAACUAUUUCAGCCUCUACCUUUGCACCUGAAUCAGCUUUAAAAUGGUCCCUCCCUGAAACAUGGCAAGGCAUUGAAGAAGGCUGGGGAGGACACAACCAUACCGUUCCAGGCCCUGGGGAUGACGUCCUGAUUUUACCCAAUAGGACCGUUCUUGUGGAUACAGAUCUUCCAUUCCUGAAAGGCCUCUAUGUGAUGGGCACUUUAGAAUUCCCUGUGAACAGAAGCAAUGUUCUGAGUGUGGCAUGCAUGGUCAUUGCAGGCGGGGAGCUGAAAGUCGGUACUUUAGAAAAUCCCCUAGAAAAAGAACAAAAGCUUCUGAUUGUUCUUAGAGCCUCAGAGGAAAUCUUUUGUGACCGUUUUGAUGGACUUCACAUUGACUCAGGAACGAUUGGGAUAUAUGGUAAAGUUCAGCUUUACAGUGCUUAUCCUAAGAAAUCCUGGACACAUCUUGGAGUUGAUAUUGCCUCAGGAAAUGAGAGAAUUAUAGUAGAGGAUGUGGUGGAUUGGCGACCCCGUGACAAAAUCGUCCUGAGUUCCUCUUCUUAUGAGCCUCAUGAAGCAGAGGUCCUCACUGUGAAAGAAGUCAAGGGCCACCACAUUAGAAUCCAUGAACGGCUCAAACACCGGCACAUUGGAAGUGUCCAUGUCAUGGAGGGUGGCCGGCACAUUCGUUUGGCUGCUGAGGUUGGACUAUUGACCAGAAAUAUACAAAUUCAGUCUGAUACAUCAUGUAGGGGGAGACUACUUGUGGGGUCCUUCAGGAAUUCCAGCAGAGAAGAAUUUUCAGGUGUUCUUCAACUUUUAAAUGUGGAAAUUCAGAACUUUGGGUCACCAAUGUAUUCGUCCAUUGAAUUCACCAAUGUGUCAGCAGAAUCCUGGAUAGUAUCUUCUACUCUGCACCAAAGCUGCGGUGGGGGCAUUCAUGCAGUUGCCAGUCAUGGAAUGAUUUUAAGUGACAAUGUAGUAUUUAGCACAGCUGGCCAUGGCAUUGAUUUGGAGGGUCAGGCUUAUUCUCUCACUAAGAACCUCAUGGUUCUGAUGACACAGUCAGUGUGGUCCACUGUUUGGGUGGCAGGAAUCAAAGUGAACCAGGCAAAGGACAUCAGCCUCCAUGGCAAUGUUGUGGCAGGAUCAGAGAGACUUGGCUUUCACAUCCAGGGCCACAGGUGCUCCUCUUCUGAAGUGCUUUGGUCUGACAAUGUGGCCCACUCAAGUCUUCAUGGCCUUCAUCUCUAUAAGGAAAGUGGACUUGACAACUGUACCAGUAUCUCUGGCUUCCUGGCUUUCAAGAAUUUUGACUAUGGUGCCAUGAUACAUGUAAAGAACAGUGUGGAGAUAAAGAACAUUACUCUGGUAGACAAUGCUAUUGGUCUUUUGUCCGUGGUGUAUGUGUCUUCUGCUCCACAGAGCUCCAUUGAAAAUGUGCAGAUUGUGCUUAGAAAUUCAGUCAUUGUGGCUACAAGCUCCUCUUUUGACUGCAUUCAGGACAGAGUGAAGCCUCACUCAGCCAACUUGACAUCAACAGAUCGAGCUCCUUCCAAUCCAAGAGGGGGUCGAAUUGGUAUUCUGUGGCCUGUAUUCACUUCAGAGACAAAUCGGUGGCCUCAGGAGCCUUGGCACAAAGUAAGAAAUGGCCAUUCAACUUCAGGAAUCAUGAAACUUCAAGACGUCACCUUUUCUAGUUUUGUGAAGAGUUGCUAUAGCAAUGACCUGGAUGUCUGCAUUCUGCCAAAUGCAGACAGCACUGGAAUAGUGCACCCAAUAACAGCAGAGAGGACCAGAAUGCUAAACAUGAAAGAUAGAAACAAGUUCUACUUUCCUCCAUUACAACCCAGAAAAGAUUUAGGAAGAGUGGUCUGUCCUGAAUCAGGUUGUGAAAGUCCAAAAAAAUAUCUUUUCAAGGAUCUGGAUGGGAGAACCCUGGGUCUGCCUCCACCAGUUUCUGUAUUUCCUAAAACUGAGGCAGAAUGGACCAGAUCAUUCUUCAACACAGGUACAUUUAGAGAAGAACAGAAAUGCACAUACCAAUCACUGAUACAAGGCUUCAUCUGCAAAGAAACUGACCAAGUGGUCCUAAUUCUUGAAAAUGCUGGUGCCACUUCAGCAAUCCGGAAGUUAUAUCCAGUUGUAUCUGUGACUAGUGGUUUUGUUGACACCUUUAGUAGUGUAAAUGCCAAUACUCCUUGCUCUACCUCUGGGUCUGUGUCUACUUUCUAUUCCAUUUUACCAACCAGGCAAAUCACCAGGGUAUGCUUUGCGGAUCAGACUCCUCAAGUUCUGCGCUUUUUUCUAUUGGGGAACAAAAGUACCUCCAAGCUUCUCUUGGCUAUAUUCUACCACGAGCUCCACAGCCCCCAUGUUUUCUUAAGAGACAGUUUUAUUCCACCCACCCUGGCUCAAUCAACUUCUUUAUUGCUGAAUGAGUCUAUUGGUGCCAACUAUUUUAACAUCAUGGAUAACCUCUUGUAUGUUGUCCUACAAGGAGAGGAACCCAUUGAAAUACGUUCAGGUGUUUCCAUUCAUUUGGCCCUCACUGUGACAUUUUCAGUCCUAGAAAAAGGCUGGGAAAUAGUGAUCCUUGAAAGACUAACUGACUUCUUACAGAUUAGCCAAAACCAAAUCAGAUUUAUUCACAAAAUGCCCGGCAAUGAAAGGACCUUAAAGGCCAUUGCUGACAGUAGAGCAAAAAGAAAGCGCAAUUGCCCAACUGUGACUUGCGCCAGUCAUUACAGAAGAGUUGGUCAACGUAGACCUCUCAUGAUAGAAAUGAGCACAUAUGGGGUUUCACCACCAAGCACUAUAAAAACUAUCUCGAAAGUGAUUGUCAUUGAAAUUGGUGAUCUGCCAACAGUAAGGAGCACUGGACUGAUUCCAUCCUUAUCAAGUAACAAAUUGGAGAAUUUGGCUCAUCAAGUCAUCACUGCUCAACAGACUGGAGUACUAGAGAAUGUUCUGAAUAUGACUAUUGGAGCAUUAUUGGUGACUCAGUCAAAGGGAAUCAUUGGCUAUGGAAAUACAAGCAAUUUUCAAACUGGGAACUUGAUAUACAUUCGGCCCUAUGCUCUUUCAGUCCUAGUCCAGCCUUCGGAUGGAGAAGUGGGAAAAGAGCUUCCGGUGCAACCACAGCUCGUUUUUCUGGACCAGCAGAAUCAAAGAGUGGAGUCUUUGGGCCCCCCCUCAGAGCCUUGGACUGUUUUAGCUUCCCUGGAAGGGACAUCAGAUUCAGUGCUAAAAGGACGCAUCCAGGCAGAAACUCAAGAUGGUUACGUGAGCUUCUCCAACUUGGCAGUCUUGAUCUCUGGGUCAAACUGGCACUUUAUUUUUACUGUCACUUCUCCUCCAGGAGCCAAUUUUACAGCUCGAUCCAAGCCAUUUGCUGUCAUGCCGGUGACUAGGAAGGAGAGCUCAACCAUCAUUCUGGCUACUUCUCUGAGCUCCGUGGUCUCAUGGCUGGCUCUCAGCUGUCUGGUGUGCUGCUGGUUUAAAAAAAGCAAAAGGAGAAAAACAAAACCUGAAGAGAUUCCUGAAUCCCAGACUGAUGAUCAAAAGAAUCACAUUCACGUCCCAUCCAAAUGCCGAGGAUCACAAAUAGAGACUGAAACAGAAGACACCACGAUGGGAGAAGAUAUGAGGAUGAAAGUCAUGUUGGGCAAGCUGCACCAGCUCCCCCACCAGUCAUUGAACGGAGUGUCCAGAAGGAAGGUUAGCCGCUGUGCUGUCCCAGGGGAAGAGGCUGCGGCUCCUGCUCCCAUUAUUACCAGUGUCACAUCUCACGGGCACACCUGCACUCCAGCCUCUCCUGCUCGACAGGUGUACCUGCAGGAGACUGGGAACUGGAAGGAGGCCCAAGAGCAGUUGCUCAGAUACCAGCUGGCAGGCCAAGAUCAGCUGCUGCUGCUAUGCCCAGACCUCAGACCAGAGAGGCAGCAGUCACAGGGGCAGAGCCGGCUGAACAAGGAAAGUGGCAACUUGGGGCUUUCUCAGAAGAAAGCCUCCUGUGGUGCCACCGAGGCUUUCUGCCUUCAUUCAGUACACCCAGAAACUAUUUAGGAGCAGCUGUGAU